CUCUCAAGUCCCCGAAAACUGUCGAGCUCCCAAUAAUCCUAUCCUGAGGUUGGCGUUCAAAAUCUUGUGCAUUGUUGCAGUCUGUCGGGAGUCUCUCGACCAUUGGAAAGAUACAAAGAACAAAGAAUGGAAGGACCAUGUCUCAAUAAUGGUCAAUCGAUUCCAGAACUCGAACAUCACUGCCGGGCUCGUACUUGCAACUGCUACUCUAUUCCUGUCGUCCGUGCCUCCUAUCGAGCAUUUGAUGGCUUAUAACUCCUCAAUCUCGUACAUCUUCGCCAUGGUUUCAUUUGGUGCCGCAUUGCUCAGCGUAAUAUCCGGAUCUGCUGUGCUUGUUAUCUAUGAAACUAGCACCGCUCACAAAGACAUGGAAACCCUCAAAUGCAUGCCACGACACCAAGUCAUCGCGCUGCUGCUAUGGUUGGCAUACCCCUCAUUCUGUCUGUCUGUUGCUACUUUUUUUCUGUUUGUGUGUGAGUGAGGCACUAGAUGUUGUUCAGAUCUGCUGACGAGUAUGGCGUUUGCUUUGGGGCAGCUAUCUUUAUCGCCUGCUUCUGGUCUGACAAUAGUGUUGUCAACAUCAUAACUAUCUUGAGCUGUGUGGCCUUCCUUGCACAUGGAGUCCUUUCGUUCUACGUUGUCAGCGUUGUGGGCAGACAGUAAGCUAGUAGCAUUCUUGUUGGAUCUGUCUUAAAAAUGUCUUGCAGGCCGGUCGAUAAAAAUACCUCCCCCGUACAAGUUGCUGACAGGCAUCACGCUAGUGUAGGAGCUGCAUGUCUUCAAAUUGACGGUGCUGCUGAUGACUAGGCGUGAUAAUUGUUAUGGACCACUCAGGGUUCGGGUGCUUCGGGUUGAACAUAUCGGUCAGUGGAGUAGCAGCAGAACUUUCACCAAGAACUUGUCAUGUCUCCUUAGCCUAGUAUC